GAGGUUAUUUUACUACAGAGUACAGUGUGUAACGACUAUAACGAGUACUACGAUACGAUGAAAUAUACACAAAAAAGCACUCGGUAGUCACAAGUCACUACUGCUGUAGUAUUUCGUAACAACGACGUUAUGUGUGUAAACUGUUAUGUCAGUUGGUCGCUGUAGUUGUGACCGGUCGACGACGGAAAUAUUAUGCUUGUGAACGUUUUAGUUCGCAAAAAAAUCACUAUUUGAACAGUUCAUGCUAUUUUUAUUUAAAAAAAAAAAUUAAUAGUAAAGAAUAACUUACCUUCAGUUUUAAACAUAUUAUAUAUUUAUAUUUAGUUUAAUACUUAUAAUAUAAUAUUAUUGUGUUAUACCAUAAUGGACAGAAAACAAAUUUUUGUUAGUCCGUUCUAUCGACCGUGGAUGACAUCGUAUGGAGCUGCUGCACCGGCUGGAUCCAACAAGGGACUAAAGGGAAUUGUUGCCGGUGGAAUUACUGGUGGUAUAGAGAUAUGUAUUACAUACCCUACAGAAUAUGUAAAGACCCAACUGCAACUUGAUGAAAAAGUUGGUGCCAGAAAAUAUAACGGAAUCGGAGAUUGUGUAAAAAAAACAAUUAAAGGACAUGGAGUUUUUGGUCUAUAUCGAGGCCUGAGUGUUUUACUCUACGGAUCUAUACCUAAAUCUGCAGUCAGAUUUGGAGCAUUUGAAUUUCUGAGUACCAAAAUAAACAGUGGAGGUGGAGAGUUAACGGCUACACAAAGAAUAUUGUGUGGUCUUGGUGCAGGCAUCUCGGAAGCCAUAUUAGCUGUCACCCCGAUGGAAACCGUAAAAGUGAAAUUCAUUAAUGAUCAACGACUCGAGAAACCUAGGUUCAAAGGUUUUUUCCAUGGUACCAGUAUUAUUAUCAAAGAGCAAGGUAUUAGUGGUGUUUAUCAGGGACUCAUGCCAACUAUAUUGAAACAAGGUUCAAAUCAAGCAAUUAGGUUUUAUGUAAUGGGCGCAUUGAAAAACCUCUAUAAAGGUGACGAUCCCAACAAACCUGUUCCGAAACUGUUGGUUGGAGUUUUUGGUAUGGCUGCCGGUGCCGCUAGUGUAUAUGGUAAUACACCAUUAGAUGUUGUUAAAACUCGUAUGCAAGGACUGGAAGCGAAGAAAUAUAAAAGCACUCUUGAUUGUAUGGUUAAAAUAUGGAAAAACGAAGGCCCUACAGCAUUUUACAAAGGAACCGUACCUCGACUGAGUAGAGUUUGCUUGGAUGUGGGAAUUACAUUUAUGAUUUAUGACUCGUUUAUGGACCUAUUUACUAAAGUUUGGCCGUAAAUAACAGUUGCACGUCUACAAAUAACUAUUCAAAAAGCAUUCUCACAAUACUGUUCAACUUUUAUUAUUUCCCCAGGACUUAUACGUACAACAUUUACACAUAUCUUUAAUUUAAUCAUUGAUAACUUGAUUAUUCUUCUAUAAACUUUUAAAUUUAUUUUUCAUUACUUAAAAAAAAAAAUUAUUCUUUUGAAUUUUUGAAAUGUUAUAAUUGUUAUAAAUUGUUUUAUAAUUUACAUGUAAUUAUGUAAAACCCAGUUAUUUUUGUACUGAGCAUUUUUUUUACAUUCCAAAUUGGAAAAAAA